ACCAUCCAAAACCCAGGAAGAACAAACCCUAAGGGUUGAUCCGGCUGAAGACUUUCAGCGGGCAGGCUCCCGGGAGAGAAGCCCAACACCUCCUGUCACCAAAGACACGCAGCUACAGAGAUCUCCAGAAGCAAAGAGCUCGCAAUCUACGGAGAAUAGACUUCGACCAGUCGCAGGUAUCUAUGAUCGCAUUCUCUAGCCUAAUGAAACUCUCGGCUAACAUCGAGAAACAAUUGGGAAGAUAUUGUCAAUCGCCUAAUUUGGGAUGAAAAGUACGAUAGCACGGACUACAUCAUUGGUUACGAGGAUCGAUUCGACGGACGAAUGGAGGCCAGCCUUAACUCAUGGAAAAGAGAAUCGACAGAUGAGGAAUUUAUUCCACAGCAUCGCGUUCUCUACAUCAAACGCAAGUCAGACUCGGAGAUUGUAUGGGAUAGAAGGCGCAGGAUUGACAAGGUCUUUAUGAGUGGAAAUUCAGCCUAUGACUAUCUAGAAUUUCUGAAUUGAAUAUGUCCUAUUUUAUUCAAAGCGGAACUGAAUCUAAGGACUAUGGCCGUGUUUAUGGAAGACUUUCCACGGUAUAGGACCACCUACCC